GUGAUGGGAAGAUGGUGAGGGAGAACUUUUACAAGUGGUAUGGGUUCUCAAACGCUGGAAAUUUUGAGACAAGGCGUCUGGGCGAGCCUGACAGGAGGCUGGUUUUACGAUCCUCAUCUCGACGUUUUUUCAAAUACCUUUCAUCUUUACAUUUGGCUUUUCUUACUCUGCUUACCAUUUACCAUAUAUCUUUAUUUUCCACCAACGUUAUAUGUGUGGGUGGCAUAUUGUUCUUCAAUUGGAGCACUUUUUGGUAUGAUAAAGUGUGUUAACCAUGCACUUCAUUGCAUGUAUGAUACGACUGAGUGUUUAGAAGAAUCAGGUCAAACUAUUAACCAACAGAGAUUAGAAAGUGACAAAAGACGCACAGUGCAUAAUAAAUGCAGGGAACAAUCACAAGAUCAAAUAGAUCAUGGAAUAGAACUACAAGUCUUAAGUGGAAAAACAGAUACACCACCUGUAGAAUGCUCAUCACGCAACUCUUUUAUUGAAUCAAAUGUGCAAAAUGCAGAUGCAGAUAGUAUAACAUCUGAGUAUAAUCGGGAUAGGCCUAGUUCAACUAUAGAUUUGAAAGUAGAAAUUCACAGAAAAAAUAGUUCAGAAAGUUCGGAAGAAGCACAACAACUGUCUAAACCAAUGGUACCUAGUAUAAAUGUACAUGAAGCAGAACUAGCUUCUGCGCAAUAUCAUGAACCACGUUUUCGAAAUAUAAUAAAUGAAAGAAGCUUGAAAAGACAAAAAUGUGUUGUAAUAGCUGAAGAGGAUCGACAUGGUUCAAGAAAAUUAUGCAGACAUGCAUCUGAAGAUUCACGAAAUCGUCAUUCCAAACAGGGUAGUCUUGGCAAAACAGGUUCUGAAAGUCAAAUAAAACAAACAAGUUCAUUAGAAUUGGAACACCAUGGGGAUGAUUAUCCUUACUGGAAGUCAAAUCAAGCCUUUCGGCGUCUUAAUUCUAAUUCAAUUGUGAUGGAAACUCAUUUAAUGAAUGAUCAUCCACAGAGUUUAGAAAUUAUAUCAAAAAAAGAAGAUACAGAAAAAAAUAAAAUUUCGUCACACCCACAAUCCUUAGAGGUUAUUACAAAAAAGCCACAUCAACAACUUAUUCAUCCACAAAGUCUUGAGACAAUUGGUGCUACUAAUAAAAAUAUAAACACUAUAGAUGACAAUAAUUUACCUCUUCAUCCACAAAGUCUUGAAACAAUUAAUACUAAAAAGGUGUUACCUCAAAAUACAUUAAAAAAAAAUCAAUUACAACUAUUACCAUAUCUUAGUUAUGGAUCAGAAAUAGUACAUCCUAUAGCAGAACAAAGUGAUGAACAAUUUGCAAAUGAAAGUUGUGGAGGAUUUAGCCUUCGGGACUCUUACAGUCCAUUACUUACUCGAAAGACUUGUGAAACUAACGCUACCUCUAAUCGGGACAGAAGUCUUAGUACUAGCCGAUUUGAAGAUAGAUUUUCAAGAUUUAAUGGGGAUGGUGGUAUAGAUAAUGAUUCUGCAAAUUCUCGCGAUGCAUUAAUUGAAGAACCAAAGCGUGGUAUUAAAAGAAGAUAUAGUAAUGGAAGCCAAAGCACUCAUGAAUUUUCGGAUUUAGAGAACUUGUUUAAAGACAAGCAAGAUAAAUCGAAAAAUAUAGAUGAUCCGUUAAAUGUUGGAAGUGUAGUCGAAAUAGAUCAGAUAUUUGAAAGUGGUGAUUGUGCGAUAGAAUCACGAAGUAAUAAAGGACUGCAUAAUAAAGAACCUGACUCUGGUUCAUCUAGUACAACGACUUUGAGUACGGAAAACGAGGUAAAAAGAAAGUUACUUCCACAACUAGAAACAGAUAGCAAACGACACCAAGGUGCAAUACCCAAACAAAGCCGUCCAAAACCUGUAGUAGAUUCUAUAGAUGAUAAUGUUACAACUACUGAGCAAACCCGGCCGAAAUUUAAACGGCCAUUAGAAGUCAGAAGAGAGAAAGAUAGAAGAAGGGAUGGAAGAUUUGAUAGAUUUGAUAGAUUCGAGCAAACCAGUGGUUCAAACAACGAGUUAAGUAGACUUAAUUUUGCAUCUUCUUUAUUAGCUACAUUAUUAACUUCUGGCCGAGAACUACCUGGUCAAUCUAGUACUGUGUCCGACUUAAGAUUAGGUCGCAAUUCAGAAAGUCGAAAUUCACGAAAAGGACGAGGUCUAAAAUAUCCGAUUAGACCACAUCGUGUACCACGGGAUAGAAAUCGAGAUGAUAAUGUCGUACCACUUACUGCUUUAUUUGGAUUAAUAUCAAAUGAAGAAUGUCAUUUAGUUGCCAAUCACAACGAUACCAUAGAAGCAGCUGUACCUUAUUUCCGAGAUGAAAACGGACGGUGGUUAGCUUACACCUUCGAUGAAAAAGGAUCUGGUGUUGCUGCAGCUUCGCAAGUUCCUUCUAGCAAUAACGAUAAAUUAUUGAAUACUUUAUUACGCCAACAACUUAAUCAAAAUUUACAUUAUGAUGCCAAUUGGGAAGUAACAGACUCUUUGAGUAACAGUUUAAGUAGUCUAUCUUUAAAUUCUCAUGAAUUAAGUGUUAUAAUAGACACACCACCUGUUUUAUCGAGUCCAGAAAGCAAUCAAACCAAAACACAAAAUUCAUUAUCUUCGAACACGGUGGAAACAUUAGAACGAAUUCAGUUGCAUCGAAAUAAUGGAAAUUCUAAUCAAUGCGAACUUGAAACCUUAGAGCGAGAUCAAUUCCAUCAAGACAUAUUAUCGCGAAUAGAAUCGAUGACAGACAUAAAUCGAAGAUUGCGAAAUUUAUUGGGAUAUUUUAAUUUGAACCUUUACCCAGCAGACUCUAAUCGUCGAGAUAGACCUGUUUUAAGAUUCCAGACGUAUGAAGGUGAUAUAUCUUGGAAUCGAUUUAUUGCUACUUUAGAUGCAUCCGAAUCUAAACCAAAACAAUCAAGACAAGACAAGCAAUAUUAUUAUAAAUGGAAAAUUGGCAAAUUACCACAUAUCAAAGUGCGAUUCGAUCGUUUAUUUUUGUUGGCAUUAUUAGAUAGAAAUUUAACAAUUUUUGAGACCAUCGUUUCGACGUUUUUAGCAGUUGCUGUUGCGGGAUUGGGUCUUAUAUUGCUCCAACAAGGAUUUUACCGAGAUAUAUUUGCAUUCAUGUUUUGUUUCGUAACUGCCGGAUGUCAGUAUUCAUUACUAAAAUCCGUUCAGCCUGAUGCUGCUUCUCCGACACAUGGAUUUAAUCGCAUUAUAGUAUUUUCUCGGCCAGUAUAUUAUAUACUAUGUUCAGGAUUCAUAUUAAUCUUUAAUGAAUCUUUAAGGAACUUUAAAACAUCCGAAUUUCGAAUAUAUGGUUUGCGAAUUGCCGAUUACGAUGUUAUAUUACAAAUUCGCAAUAUUUUAUUAAUUUUUCUUUUAUGCUUUCCUAUUAUAUUUUCAUUAGGUUUACUUCCACAAAUUAAUACUUUUCUAAUGUAUCUUUGUGAACAUGUAGAUAUCCAUUUGUUCGGUGGAAAUGCAACUACGAGUCUAAUCUCUUCGAUAUAUUGCCUUUCUCGUAGCAUUGUCACUGUUGUUAUAUUGUACGGAUUUGCUUAUGGAGCACUUACAGAGCCAAAAUCUUCACAACAUAUUUUAUUUUCUAUUUUUGCGGGUUUAUUAGUUGCUAUAUCUUAUCAUUUAAGUAGAUCGUCUUCGGACCCUACUGUAAUAUGGGACAUUGUCAAAACAAAUUUGUGGCCACCAGAAAUUUAUACAGAAGAAAAAGAAGCUAAGAUUAUCGAGAAUACGUCUCGCAGAGACAAUUUAUCUGCACCAUACAAAGAAGCUAAGAUUAGAACAUCUGGAAGAAAAAAACAUGUGAAAAUUAAAGUUGGCGAACAAAUGUCGGACACAGAAUUAGUAGAUCCAUUACCUGAAAAAUUAAGGAUAACAGUGAAUGCAAGAUUGAAGAACGAUUUAAUAGUAUGUGCAGUCAUAGGUAUUCUGUCUUUCGGAAUCCAUUGUUCAACUGUAUUUACAGCCUUACAACCAGAACUAAAUCCAGUUUUAUGGGGUAUUGCAAGUUGCCUUGGAUUUCUAUUACACUACAUUGUACCACAACUUCGAAAACAAUUACCAUGGUUGUGCUUAUCAAGACCAAUAUUACGUAGUCAUGAACAUGCACAAUUUGAAGUUCGUGAACCAGUGAAAAUUAUGUGGUUUGAAAAAGCAUAUGUUUGCCUUUGUUUUUUGGAAAGAAAUGUUCUGUACCCAGUAGUGUUUUUAGGAGCACUCACAGAGUGUUCAUCAAAAAUUGUAUCUAAAUUUGGAGAAAGUGUGGGGGCAUUAAUAAUAGUGGUAUGUGGAUUGAAAUCUUUAAGAUCUGCAUACUCUGAUCCAUCAACGCGUUACCUCGCUCUGAUCUUUGCCGUUCUGUUUUUUAAACUGGACUUUCGAGAUCUCAGUGAAACAUUUCUGGUAGACUAUUUUGUCACGGGAAUAGCAUUUGCAAAAGUAUAUGAACUGUUGUUGAAAAUACGAUUUGUAGUGACAUACAUUGCACCUUGGCAAAUUACUUGGGGUAGUGCAUUUCAUGCAUUUGCUCAACCUUUCUCCGUUCCGCACUCUGCUAUGUUGUUCCUACAAGCGGGUAUUUCCGCAAUUUUAAGCACUCCUUUGAAUCCCCUUUUGGGCAGUGCAAUUUUCAUAUCAUCGUAUGUACGACCAGUGAAAUUUUGGGAACGUGAUUACAAAACAAGAAGAGUAGAUCAUUCAAAUACACGAAUGUCUUCUCAUUUGGAUCGAAAUCUGGGUGCGGAUGAUAACAAUUUGAAUUCGAUUUUCUAUGAACAAUUAACAAGAUCACUGCAACAUAGUCUUUAUGGAGAUAUUGCUCUCGGCCGCUGGGGAAAUGUGGAACAAGGCGAUUGUUUUCUGUUAGCUUCCGAUUACUUAAACUGUUUAGUACACGUUGUUCAAUUAGGCAAUGGAUUGGUAACUUUCCAAUUAAGGGGUCUUGAAUUUAGAGGAACAUAUUGUCAGCAAAGAGAGGUAGAAGCAAUCUCUGAGGGAAUUGAAGAUAAUUAUAAUUGUUGUUGCUGUCAAAUGGGACAUUUUUCAAAUGUUUUAAGCGUUAACGCAGCUUUCAGUCAACGCUGGUUAGCUUGGGAAGUUGCAAGUGCUAAAUACGUUUUAGAGGGAUACUCGAUCUCAGAUAAUUCAGCAGUUUCUAUGCUUCAAGUGUUUGAAUUUCGUAAAGUACUAGUUACAUACUAUGUCAAAAGUAUUGUUUUCUAUGCUGUUAAAUCACCAAAAUUGAAAUAUUGGUUGGAGAAUACUGAUAUUUCGGAUGCUCUAAAAAUAACUCUUGACAAAAACUUUGUCGAUCUGGAUCCUGUUUUCAAUUUAAGCAUCCAUGAGGAUUACGACAUCCGAGCAUGCGGUAUCACAAGAAACAGUUUUUGUAACAUUUAUUUGGAUUGGAUACAGUAUUGUGUUACUAAACAUGAUAAGACAUUAGACAAAUCGAGAAAUUCACCAUUAGUAUCUUUAUGUCUUGCUUUAAGUCUCUUGGGAAGACGUGUUUUGGGAGCAUUAUCUCAUAACACUGUUUCAAGUGUUGAAUUUUUUUUAUACGGAUUACAUGCUCUUUUUAAAGGUGAUUUUCGUAUAACAUCAGUUCGAGAUGAAUGGGUUUUACAUGACGUUGAUUUAUUACGAGGUGUCGUAGCAAAAGGUGUAAGAAUGGCAUUGAAAUUGCAUCAAGAUCACUUCACAAGUCCAGAACAAUAUGGCGAACCGUCUGCCCUUUACGAAGCUAUAGAUAGUCACGACAAAAAUCUCGUGAUUAGUCAUGAAGCAGAUCCUCUUUGGAGAAAUGCAGUUUUAAAUGGUGCACCUAGCCUUUUGGCGCUUAGGCAUGUACUUGAUGAUGGCAUCGACGAAUAUAAAGUGAUAAUGCUGAACAAACGUUUUUUAAGUUUUCGAGUAAUUAAAAUGAAUCGUGAAUGUGUCCGUGGCUUAUGGGCUGGACAACAACAAGAAUUAGUGUACUUGAGAAAUAGAAAUCCGGAGCGAGGCUCUAUACAGAAUGCUAAACAAGUUCUUCGAAAUAUAAUAAAUAGUUCUUGCGAUCAACCUAUCGGGUACCCAAUUUACGUCUCACCAUUGACAACUAGUUAUGCAGAAACUAAUGAACAAUUGUGUUCUAUAGUUGGGGGACCUUUAAGUUUCAGUGUAAUUAAAAGCAACGUCCUAAAAUUAUGGCAAAGAAUCAGAAGAAGAUGUGGUCAAGGUUGUUCAUCUGGGGGAACAGGGUCUCAAGAUGACGGAGGUUUUGGAAAUGAUGGAGUAUAUGCAAUGACUACGUACAAUAUUCAUUUAGGAUAUGGCCAAUCGGGUCAUAACACAUCUGGUUCACAAUCUAUAGAUUCUGGGUGCCAAAUUGGCGGAUCAACUGGGCGUGGAAGUUUAGGAAGAACAAAUACUGGGUCCUUAGGUGGAAACAGAGGAUCGUUGGUUUCAGUUGGAAAACCUACAAGUUCGACACUUGCUAGUUUAGCUGGUCUUCUUAGUAAUAGCGAUAUUAAAACCGAAACUAAGAGUGAAACAAGUUUUACUAGUAAACUUGAAAAGGACGAAGUUUUUCAACGAGUGCGUAUCAUAGAUCCUAAUCAAGUGUAUGAUGCUAUUAAUUUGGGCCGUCGCAUAGACGUAAUUUGGCCAGACGAGAGAAUGAGACAACAGGGUGGUAGAUCUGGAUGGCAGCAUUGGGUACCUGAAAGAGGUAUGGAAGGAUGUGUUGUUCAUUGUUGGUCCCCCAAUCAUCGCGAUCCUAAUCGGCGGUCUCACGUAGAUAAAGUUAUCUUACUCGUCAAAAUUGAUGAUAAAUACGUUCCAAUAGCGGAACAAGGCGUAAGAGAUUUAGGGGCAGAAGUAUGA